UCACGGCCGCAUUCUGCCUUACCGCUGUACGCGGCAUCAAAAACAAAUUUUAGAUCAUUUCUGACAGAACCAAGGGAUAGCAGCGAAUUCACCAGAUAAAGCGGUAAUAAGUGAGCAAUAAUGGCUGCCGGCGACGUGACGCGGCGUGCCUCAAUCACCGCGCCGUCGAUGCACCGCCGGCCGUCCGCGCGUCGCGGCUCUCUCAUCAAGAACCCACAAACACAAUCGCAGGAAGUGCCAUGGGACAUAAUAGACCGGUGCGCGCUGCCCAUCGUUCUGUGCCAUGCGCUCGCGGUUGUGCUUUCGGCGCUACUCAACGCGAUGCAUGUCAGCCAGAUAUCCGUAUUCACGCUAUUCCUCUGGUUCUCUAUAUCCGUAACCGGUUCACUCUGGUUUUACCACAACUUACAGGUAACAGCUGCAGGGAAGGCAGUACUUGUAACCGGAUGUGACAACGUGCUUGGCAAUGCUUUAGCGCGUCGGCUAGACGAUCUCGGCUACCACGUGUUCGCCGGCUUCCAGAACAAGGCCGGUAACAUUGAUGCCGACAUGCUCAAAGAAGACUGCUCCGGACGAUUACAUACCUUGCAACUUGAUAUCACGUCUGAAACUCAGAUAUUGUCGGCGUCCUUGUAUAUCGUGGAUCACUUGCCAGAGGGCGCGCAGGGUCUGUGGGCAAUCGUCAACUGUGAAUCCUGGUGCGCACUAGGUGAACUAGAAUGGGUACCUUUCUCAGUCAUUCGUAGAGCAAUGGAAGUUAACUUGUUAGGGCCGGCUCGACUGGUGCAAGUGAUGUUGCCGCUGGUGAGGCGCGCGCGCGGCCGUGUGGUGCUCGCCUCCUCCAUCUUGACGCACGUGGCGGCGCCGGUGCGCGGCGUGCAUGCUGCCUCUAUGGCCGCACUUGAUGCCCUCGCCGCCUGCCUGCGACGUGAACUCAAACCAAGAGGAGUUGAUGUUGUGGUUGUGGCGGCGGGCGAGUACACGACCGGCAGCGCGUGGCUCAACGAGGAGAAACUUCUAGAACAGGCGCGCGACAUGUGGAAGAGACUCAGCGAUGAACAAAAGGGCGCGUACGGCGAAGAUUAUUUCGAACAAGCUCUUCGUAGUCUCGAGAAAUAUACUAAGAGUGCGGACGGUGACCUGACUGCGGUGACUCGAUCCUUAAGCGACGGCGUGACCCGCACUUUCCCCCUGGCGCGCUACACGCCGGUCUCCCCGCGGGAGAAGCUCAAGUCCUUGUUAGCAGAGCAUCUACCUCGAUCCCUGUAUGAAGGACUCUACUCUGAUUAAACGAAUAAUUGGUUACGAAUCAGCGACAAACAAUGUGUUAUACGGUUUAAAUCAAUCUAAUAACAUCGAAAAAUACUAUUUGGUCUUUGGAAAUUGAAAUUAAGGACCUGUCCCACCACUAGAUCAGUCAGAUAAGGUAACAAAAUCCGAUAUCUCUAUCACAUAUUUUACACUUUGGAUUGUUAUUAGACAAUAUAUAAUUUGGUGGGACAGGCACUAAAUAUUAUAGAUAAUUGAAGCCCGCUACAGACUAAUUUUUAACUGAAGGUUUUACUAUACAGUUCGAAAGUUCGCUUAAAACUGCCACCACUAAGCGUCUCUAGUGGGCGUAAUUUGUACAUGAAACGAAGUUCAUUUGUGAUGACAUAAUUGGUCUUUAGUUAACUAACUAAGACAAUCUACAGGUGAAUGCAAAUCGAAUGACUCUCUAACUUAAAGCCACAUGGGAGAAGUGUCUAGU